ACAAGACCCGACCCGAUCCAACCUCCCCUACAGUACGGUACUUCCAGCGCGAUAUGAUAUAGCAAUGGUAGCAGGCGGUGGGUAUCGCCCAUGAUCGUCUUCAACCUCCCGGCGAUCUUCUGAUCUUCCCCCAAAAUGGCAAACAACUCCAGAAAAGAACCUAGUACGGCCCCGCAAUCUGGCCGCUGGUACGACCUCACCCUCGGCUCCUCCUUCUCCGACGAUUCCUCCAAUAAAUACUGCACUUUGCGAUAUGAGUUCAAGCCGGCGUCGAUCGAUAAGACGAAGCCUGGAUCGCUGCAUAAGAAUAAAGACAACAGGGUGACGGUUGAAUUUCAUAACAAUCAAUUGGGGAAACCCAAGGUGACAUUCGAGGGGAGCAGCGAGGAUUACAAGGAUAGUGACGCCGUUUUGUUCUUUGACGGCAAGACGUUUCGGUUGGAACGGCUCCACCGCGCUGUCAAGCAACUUCGACACCGGAGGCAACCCGGAGAGUCUGCGGCUGCCCUGGCGGCGGCUGAGCCUCGUUUGUCUCCGGUGGGAAAGGGAGCUAAGCCAAUGCAUGUUGGUAGAAGCUCAGUUCCUCCAGUACCGGUUGAGGUGGAAAAAAUUGAUAUUGGUGAGCCAGAGAAUCCAGGUGCAAAAGCUGCCGGUAAGGUGACUGCUGUAUAUCCAUCCGAACUGCCUAAUGCUUCCGCUGCCUCACCAGACCCGAAGGAUGAUGAAGCUGAGGAACAUCAAGAUACAUUAAUGUAUGAGAUGAUCUUUGGCGAGGAUCCUGAUGAUGGGAAGAUGGAUGAACAGAAGCACCAAGCUGGACGUGAUACCAGUGCACCACGGCAAAAUGACACUGAUGAUGAGAUUGCUGAUGUAGAUGACUCUGGUGAUGAAGCAGAAAAGGGGCUAAAUGCUGCAGAAGCCCUUAGGGCUCAGGUGAAUGCAGGUGAGGGGGAUAGGCAGACUUCUAGUUCCGGCAGCAGCAGUGGAAGUGGUAGCGGAAGCAGCAGUAGCAGUAGCGACAGUGAAGGCAGCGAUGAAGACUCCAUUAACUCCAUCUGAAAAGUGGGUGAUCUCCAAAAAUCUCAUAAGCAGUCAGUCCAAGGCAAUCAUAAACACAAACACCUGAUGGAUAUACCAUUUAUGAAAAGGCACCGGUCUUCCAAACUGAAAUAAGCAAUGGCAGUUUCUAGAGGAAGUGUGCAAAUUUUAUUUACCCUGUUAUCAGAGAUCAGAAAUACCAUGUUUUCCGACGUCAUUACUUCUAGUAAGAAGUUAUGAUAUGAUGUUCUCACGUGAUGUUUGGAGUGGUAACAUUCUGUCCUUAUUAUGUUUGACUGUUUGACCGUUUGACCCUCAGCUCCCCAUCCCCCACUCCUUAUUAAAAAUAUAUAAUUGUU